AUACAAAAGUGGGCGAGGUUUACAUGACGGCACCCGGAACAAGAAAGCUGUAAGUUAAUCAGGCCGAGCAGACAAGCUAACGAUAUGACUAAACAUUGAAUGCAUAGCGCAAUUGACACAGCUGUCAGCUGUCAUAGAUAGGGAAAUGACGUCUUAUCGUAUACACUCGUGGAGCUUCGUCCUAGCUGCUGUUGUGGUGGUUUUUCUACAGGAUGCUGUUGAUUUUGCACAGGCCAAGAACUUUGAGGACGUUCGCUGCAAAUGCAUCUGCCCUCCAUACAGAAACAUCUCUGGACACAUAUACAAUAGAAAUGUGUCACAGAAAGACUGUACUUGUCUUCAUGUAGUGGAGCCAAUGCCAGUGCCAGGACAUGAUGUUGAGGCUUACUGUUUGCUCUGUGAGUGCAAAUAUGAGGAACGAAGCAGCAACACCAUCAAGGUGACCAUCAUCAUCUACCUGUCUGUUGUGGGUGCACUGCUGCUCUACAUGCUGUUUCUGCUGCUGGUUGAUCCUCUCAUCCGCAAACGCGACCCCUACACCCAGCCACUGCACAAUGAGGAGGACGCUGAGGAAGUGCGUCCCCCAGUCAGCAGCGGUCAGCCCAGGGGAAACACUGUGUUGGAGCGAGUGGAGGGAGCGCAGCAGCGCUGGAAGAAGCAGGUCCAGGAACAACGCAAGACUGUUUUUGAUCGACAUAAGAUGCUUAGUUAAAUUCUGCGAUCAGACCCAGAAAUAACCUAGAUUAACAUUACUAGAGGCAGCGCACUGGUACAAGCUGAACGUUUACAUUUGAUUUGCACUCAGUCAUCCUAAACACGUCUAUUCUCACUCAGAAACAUUUCAGCACUAACGUACUCAUAUUGAUACGUAUGUAGCUCUGUUAACUAAGCUUCCGUUGGCACACUUUGAAUGACUACGACAUUAGAAACAGGCUGAUUUCAGACUUGCUCUUUAUUUUGUGAAAAUUGUUGUUAGCGCCUGGCUAAUGCAGUAUUUAUUGACUUUUUUUUAUUUUGAAUUAUUGUAUAAAUUGUAUUGUUAUAAGAGAAAAGUUUUUGCUUGUAAAUACAGUAAUGAGCGAAGUCUGCAGCAUAGAUGUGCACUGUAUAUAGACAAAUGUGCAAUGCUCAUCCUACAAAUUAACAUUAAGGAAAGUUAUGCAUGUAAAGGCUGGUAACAGCACCAUGUUUGCACUGAUAACAUAGAAUUACUACGUUUUAGGCUAGGGCACGAAAACAGCAUUGACAUCCAGCUUUUUUUUUUUUUGAGUAUUAAAGCAAACAUACCGUGUCUACAGUAUAAUAUUUCAGAUUUGAAACUGUAGGACUAUAUUUUGGCACAUUCUUCACCUGUGUGUUUGUGUGCAUUUAUGUGUUAUUCAUAACGUUUACUUUACAUUCAACGUGUAUGUAUAACAUUCUCUGCAACGAGAAGGAGAAACCAAGGAAGAAGAAGAAGAAACCUCUGCUAAAUUAUUUAAAUUUAUCCUGAAAUCUCUGUUUGUGGAAAACUUUCAAAAUAACGUUUUCUUUGGAGCCUCUUCAAAAACCUGGUUUGGAUUUAGUAAGGUAGAGCAAAAUUCAUACUGACUCUUUCUUUCUCUUUCUGUGGUUCAAUGUUAAGAGUUUUAAUGUUAAUUCAUGUAAUUUUUAAAAAAUUAUUAUUUAUUUUCAAAUUGAUCUUAUUUUUGAUUUUUUUCUUUUUUUGCCCACUGCUGUCAUUCCUCUUUUAUAUACUUUUCUGCAGUCUAAUUGGAGUAUUAUGUUGUGGGUGUGAAUGUAGUAGGCUUGAUGGAAAACAGCAACUAAUUAAAAAAGAGACUUUAGUGAA